UGAAAAUGGCUUCUCAAAUUCUCUUUCUAGGGCUUAUCAUGCUAACUUGUUCUAUUGCAUUUGCAUCCGACAGCAGCCCUCUUCAAGAUUUUUGUGUUGCAGACUACAAUGGCCCAGUGCUAGUGAAUGGUUUCGCUUGCAAAGAUCCGAAGCUUGUACAAGCGAACGAUUUCUUCUUUAGUGGACUACACUUAAUGGGAAACACCUCAAAUUCCAUGGGAUCUAAAGGGACUCUAGUGACUGUUGCCCAACUACCAGGUCUCAACACUCUUGGCAUCUCAAUGGCUCGUAUAGACUUUGCUCCAUGGGGUAUUAAUCCCCCUCACACGCAUCCUCGGGCCACUGAAAUCUUGACUAUUCUUGAAGGCACCAUUCAAGUUGGGUUCAUCACAUCCAGCCCUGAAAAUCGUCUAAUCACCAAAGUACUUGAGAAGGGUGAUGUUUUUGUUUUCCCACAAGGUCUUGUUCACUUUCAGAGGAAUGUCGGAAAUGGCAAUGCUAUUGGGAUUGCAGGUCUAAGUAGCCAAAACCCGGGUGUUAAUACAUUUGGAAAUGCUCUGUUUGGAGCAAAACCUGAUAUCCCAGAUGAUCUUUUGGCAAAGGCUUUUCAGGUGGACGUGAACAUCAUUGAUCAAAUUCAGUCGAAAUUCUAGGCUCUAUCUAGAUCUUUCAGCACCAUGUUGAGGAGAAUCGUAUUAAUCCAAAAUUGUUUGU